CAACCAUAACCAUCCCGCACUCAAAACCUUGCUCAGUUCAGAACCCCAGCCCGUGAAGAUGCGUGAGAUUCUCCAUAUUCAGGGAGGCCAAUGUGGCAACCAGAUCGGAGCCAAGUUCUGGGAGGUGGUUUGCGCUGAACACGACAUCGAUUCCACCGGCCGGUACCAGGGGAACAACGAUCUGCAGCUGGAGCGCGUUAAUGUCUACUACAAUGAAGCCAGUUGCGGUAGGUUCGUGCCUCGUGCGGUGCUCAUGGAUCUGGAGCCUGGGACCAUGGACAGCGUUAGAUCCGGGCCGUACGGGCAGAUAUUUCGGCCGGACAACUUCGUGUUCGGGCAGUCCGGUGCUGGUAAUAACUGGGCAAAAGGUCAUUACACUGAAGGAGCUGAGUUGAUUGAUUCCGUCCUUGAUGUGGUGCGCAAGGAGGCCGAGAACUGUGAUUGCUUGCAAGGGUUCCAGGUUUGUCACUCUUUGGGAGGUGGAACUGGGUCAGGAAUGGGAACGCUACUCAUUUCCAAGAUCAGGGAAGAAUACCCAGACAGAAUGAUGCUCACAUUCUCUGUUUUCCCAUCCCCAAAGGUGUCUGACACUGUUGUUGAACCAUACAAUGCUACUCUCUCAGUUCACCAGCUUGUUGAGAAUGCUGAUGAGUGUAUGGUUUUGGACAAUGAAGCUCUCUAUGAUAUUUGCUUCCGAACUCUCAAGCUCACAACUCCAAGCUUUGGAGAUCUUAAUCACCUGAUUUCUACCACCAUGAGUGGGGUUACCUGCUGCCUCCGUUUCCCUGGUCAACUCAACUCAGAUCUUCGCAAGCUUGCUGUUAAUCUCAUUCCUUUCCCUCGUUUGCAUUUCUUCAUGGUUGGCUUUGCUCCACUCACAUCUCGUGGGUCACAGCAAUAUAGGGCUCUUACUGUCCCUGAGCUCACUCAGCAAAUGUGGGAUGCAAAGAACAUGAUGUGCGCUGCUGAUCCUCGCCAUGGUCGUUACUUGACUGCUUCAGCUAUGUUCCGUGGCAAGAUGAGCACCAAGGAGGUUGACGAGCAAAUGAUUAAUGUGCAGAACAAGAACUCAUCUUACUUUGUUGAGUGGAUCCCCAAUAAUGUCAAGUCUACCGUUUGUGACAUCCCUCCAACUGGUUUGAAGAUGGCCUCAACAUUCAUUGGCAACUCAACUUCAAUCCAGGAGAUGUUCCGACGGGUGAGUGAGCAGUUCACAGCUAUGUUCCGCAGGAAGGCCUUCUUACACUGGUACACAGGGGAAGGCAUGGACGAAAUGGAGUUCACUGAGGCUGAGAGCAACAUGAACGAUCUGGUUUCUGAGUACCAACAAUAUCAGGAUGCAACAGCUGAUGAGGAAGGGUAUGACUAUGAAGAGGAGGAGGAAUUUCAAGAGGAGGCCUGAUUUUUGUGGAUUGGAAUCAGCUCUCUGUUGUUAAUUAUUGAGGAAUUGUGUUAUUUUUCUUUUAUCUGGAUAUUGUGAGCCGUUCCCUGGCCUAUAUUUUUUGUUUGCUCAUUGUAAUACCUCAAGAGAUUAUUCUUUGUGAUCAUGUUACCGUCAGUAGAGACAGUAAAUGCCUAUGGGUUAGAUUUGCAAUUUUCAGGUUAAAGUCUAUCCGCAUGGUUGCAUUGCUUGAUUCCUUGAUGGCAUGAUUUUGG